CAUUAUACAUUUAUGUGGCACUCUAUCUUCGAUGAACGGUGGGCUCUGACGCGGCGAUAUAUCAACAUGUGGCGCGGAUGCUUUAUUCACGGUAACUGACACGAGGACGACUCAACCGGUCCAGUCCGACACUUGAGUGAUCAGUGGAUGAAUGCCAUUCAAGUUACGAUUGAUUUAGCGAGUAACGUCCAGCCCAUACUUUCGUACGACAGCCAACAUGGCCAAUAUGGUACCGCAGGAGGAGCUGCCCGUCCUCGAGGCAUUCAUCAACAUCCGUAACAGGUUGACAGCUCUGAAAAAGGAUACCACCCGAUUCAUCCGAGCCCAAGAUGUCAUGUCGAUAUAUAAUUCGGUCGUGAAGCAAGUGACUCGCUUGAACGACAUUCGAGAUGAGCAAGCUAGUCAUACAUCUCUCGCUACGAACAAUGCGUCUUCUUCCUCCUCGACAUCGGCAAACGGUGCGAAUGGUUCGGGUCCUGCGCCUCCAGAACCGAAUCGUGUCGAUACCAUCAUUGCGGAUGUCUUUGGAUUGCUCAGCUUGUUCUUCUUAACUAUAGGCAAGAGUAGGGAGACGCCAGCGACGUAUAGUCAGAUCGCGUCCAUGAGGCAAAUCCUCCUUCACAUGAAUGAAACGGGUGCAUAUACCGAGGCGUAUCUCGAGCCAUUUAGACAUCGACUGGAUGCAUUGAGAGAGAUUCUUGAGCAGGACUCGAGGGAUGGAAAACAUCCCGAACCUAUCGUCAGGCUGAUGAGGAAGAAACUGGAUGGCGUUGAGCGACAACUGAAUGACAUGUUCGAAUCUGUCUCUGUCAUAUCCGUCGAACUGGUCCCAUUACAUCAGAAACUCGUCGGACUACGGAAACAAUUGGCCAUCCUCUCAGCAGAGGAACGUCCACAGCGAGCAGAAUACAAAGCAGUCUUGGAAGAAUUACGGAGAAUCGACUCCAAACGCGUGGAUGGGAAAUUCCUCGGACCUGGAGGAUCCUCUGUCCCCGAAGGACAAGCACUUCUCACUGGUAUCCUUGAUCAAUGCUUUGAGAUGGCACAUGAUUUGAAAGCCAGAGAGGCGGAGGAAGAUGUAUCACCGACUCUGAAGCCGAUCUAUGACAGGUUGUCAGAAAUCAAAGCUCAGCUGGAGAGAUUGCUGUUGACUCAUCGAUGGACACUGCGGGAGACGGACCUCUACAACUACGCCAUGUCACUACGUGAAAUCGACGCCAUGCGGGUGGACGGGAAAUUUGUGGAUGCAGAAGGCAACAAAGCAGACGGACAAUAUGCCCUUUUGUUCCUCCUCCGGCGCUCCCAUCAACUGAUCUACCGCCUCAUCUCGGAGUCUGAGCCAAUCUCAGAAGAGCUCAUGCCGAUCGCCAACAAGCUGUCGACGAUCAAGAAAUGCCUGAACGAGGUUCUGAAAUACGGUGGACCAUACACUCCACGCGAUCUCUAUCCAUACCAUCUUGCCCUACAUCAGAUUGACAGUCUGAGAAAAGACGACAAAUUUUACGCCGACGAUGGCAGUAUACCUGAAGGUCAGGCGAUCCUCGUCGCUCAACUUAGCGAAGCGCAUGAACUCUUGGAGAUGUUGAAGGAGACCAUGUCGGACGAGGAAGAGGACGAGGAGUAAGCGCGCGUCGGUGUAAACACGGGCAGACUUG